AUGCUGCACAGGGUGGAAGACGUCACGGCCUUGGCCGGAGGGUUUAGCACUGUUUUAUGGUUAGUGCUGAACGACUGCUUCGACUCUCAGACGUAUGAACCCGAUGUGAUGUGCCUUAAGUCCAGAGCGUUCAUCGCGCUGGACCGAAUGCUCACCAAACCCUGUGUCCCUGAGUUCCGUAAGUAGUAAGUUACUACGGACCGGCCCACUGGUCGAAGAGGCCGACAGUGUCGCCCUGGAAACCUGGAAGCGCUUGGACCAUAAGAACACCUUAUUGUUGGACGGAAUGCAGGCCGACCGGAUAGACGAGUUUGUGUCCACCAGGAAGAUCGUGUUGGAUGGAUCAGACGUACAUGAAGAUGAGUUUAUCGUGGAUGUAUGCGUAGGUUGUCAUAUAUGGUUCUCGACACUGACUGUGAUGUGCGAUGGGAUAUUAAUCGAGAGAAUUAGCCGAUUCAUUAAAGUAGGUAGUCGUGGUUCAUCCUCAAAAUAUCCCUCGUUCAAAAUAUCCUCGAUACAAAUAACUUACGUUAAUAUCCCCAGUAAUACUAUCCCUUAUUUCAUAUUUAUAUUUAUAUAUAAUUAUAUAUUCUAUUGAAAAUAUUAUAUGGAGUAAUAUAUAAUAUAUUAUAAUACGUGAGCAAUAUUUCUGGUAGAAAACGUCGUUCGUAUUUAUUUAAAAUAAUGAAAUCGUACUUUUUUCACACUUAAUUGUUUUUAUUUCGAAUACCACUUCAAUGAUCAAUAAAUAAUCUCUCUAAAGUACAAAUUAGAGAAAAUUUUCUUGCAGUAAAGAUGUUACACUUUUGAGCAAGAUUUAUAAAACCAUCAUUGUUCAUCAUUGUAAAACCAAUGUAUCGAGUUUCACUCAGAACCUAACCAGUAUAAAUAUAAAAAAAAUAGGGAUAAUAUUACUGGGGGAUAUUUGUAUCGGAGAUAUGUAUAUGUAUGGGAUAUUUUGAGAGUACACCGGCAGUCGUGGGUAUUUUUUUACGUUUACACAUUUCAUUAAAUAUUAUUUCCAAAUAAUUAAACAAUUUAAUGGGUUCGUUUAAUUGACAGGCGAAUUUAUUAAUAAAACUAACAAAUUACAUAGACAGUUAUGAAGUUAUGAAGCGGCUCAUUUCGUACUAUAUAUUCUCGUAGUUAAAACUAUUUUGACAUUAACAAAAUAAAAAUUACCAAAUUUUCUUAUUAAAGAGAUUUUGAUAAGAGCCGCUUCCAAUGUUUAUUCCAGACCUUCUAUCCCGAUGGGGGGGGGGGAAUUUUUAGUAAGUAUUCGUAAGUUUUCAAAGGAGUAUAAUAACAUAAGAGCAAAUAAUGGAGAGAAGUAUAAAAUAAAUUUCAAUUGCAUAUAAAACCAUUUUGUAGGUUUGGUUCACAUAAGAAUUGACUCAUUAGUAAUAGACAAUACAACCUAAAGAAAUUUAAAGGUCAUUUACAUUGAUAUUAUAUAGAUAUUUAAUUUAGAUAUCUAUGAAUAGAUAGAUUCAUUCUUUAAAAAAAACAAAUUUUAGUAAAUUGUUUAUAUUGAAAAAAAAAUCCUAUUGAAAUUUGAUAACAUUAUUAAUAACUAUUCUGCCUAAAUUAUAGAUUAUUAUUUAUUAUUAGGUUUAUUAAUAUUAUAGUUAUUAUUUAAUUAGUAAAAUAAACUAAAUUAAAUGAAUGUGGCGCUGCUUUUGACAUUAAUAUUUAUUUUAUUUUAUUAUUAGUUGACGUAUUAAGUUUUAAAUGUUUCCAGGUGGGGGUAAACAUUUUACUCCCGGGGGCAAUACCCCCGCCUUCCGGUUACCCCCUGAAAUAAAUGGUAGCCCCUGUAAGGUACAGUUUUAAAUUAAAUAACCUUAAGCCCUAAUGUAUCUUACUUUCCCAAAUUUUUUUGUUUGUACUUUUAUAUAGUAAUUAAUAAUUGCUAUAAAUACUAAUUAUAUUAUUGUGGUUUAUUUCGAUUUUACAAAGAACAGUCAAGUAAAAAACACAAAUUUAAUUUUGGUGCCUCAAAAUAAAUCUUUAUACAUGAGUUUCAGAAUUCAUAGUUGUACAAAUUGCGGUCUGUUCUAGGUAUAAAACAGAGGUAAAUUAUUGCAUCAUGCCAUGGGUGUUCACAUAGAGCAAAACGGAGUAUUUCUUCUUGAAAUAAAUGUUAGUUAUUAUAUUAUUUCUCUAUUGAAAUAACAUUUAACUUUUAUUUAGUACACAUUUGGGACAUUUUAUAUUUUAUAUUCUAUAAAAUUUAUAUAAGAAAUUAUAUAAGAAAGAAAAUAAAAUAAUAUAAUAAUAAUCAUAUUAUACAGUUACCAUAUCUACGUUUAUUGUUUUUAAGUAUAAAACUAUUGAUUUUACAUAAGCAAUUUUGCAUUUGACUAUAUUUGUUUACAUUUCUAUAUGGUUUUUAAAUAUUACGUGUUUAUAUGUUGUUAAGUAUAUCAUAGUAAUGGAUAAUCUUGAUUACCUGGGAGAAAUAGAAAUGCAAGUAGAAAAAAUUAAAAGCCAAAUUAUGAUCAAUAUAAUUGAGGGAAGACAUUAUUCUAAAAGUAAUCUAGACACAUACGUUGUAGUUGAAAUUCCAUCAUAUUUCACUGGUAAAACCAUAGUCAGAAAAACAUCAACUUCACCAUCGUAUUUUAAAGUAAGUACAUAAUAUUAUUGUAAUUUUUGAAUUUUAAUUAUGCAUGUUUUUUAAUAAUUAAAAAUAUCCUAGACAUUUAUAAUUGAUCUUCCAACAUUAUUGCUGAAUGAUUUAUUGAAUUUACGCAUAAUUAUUACCGUGAGUUAUUAAUCUAUUGCUUUAUGUUUAUUAAAAUAAAUUGUUUAUGAUAUGUAUUUUUAUAGGUAUAUGAGUCGCAUAAAACACAAUCAUUAUGGUCAAAAACUAUUCUUGGUAGUACUGUUAUAGAAAUAAAUACAAUUUGGUCAGAACAAAGUAAUUGGUUUUUGUUUAUAAUUAUUAUUUGUAAUACUUUUCAACAAGUUUUAUAAUAUACCUAUUAUAAUUUAGAUUCUGAUUUAAUGAGACAUGUAUUGGCUAGGGAUCUGUUUUAAUAUGGAUUUUUUUUGUUAUUAUGGUAAAAUAAUUAGUUAUGCAUCAAAAAUUGUCUUUAAUAAUAUUAUUGUUAAUAUUAAACCAACCUAUUUUCCCGUUCUCCCGGUUUUUUUCCAUUUACUGGGAAAACUCCUGGGAAAAUUAAAAAAAUAAUCUCUUUAUAGUACCUCCCCAGUUAAAUUUCCUUUUGGAAAAAGGGUUAACAUUUUGAAUCAGAGCAAAGAAGAAAAGUUGUUCACAGUAAAUUUGAUUCUCUAGAUUCAUUAAACAAAAAUAUUAAGUUUUUAAAUAUCUUUAGGUAGUAAAAAUUAAUGAUCAAUAUGUAUUUUUAUUUGAAACGACUUUUAUUAAAUUGUUUUUUAACAGACAAGCUGUUUCAUAAUAAAUGGUUAACUUUGAUUAAUCGUGAAAAAGACGACUUUGGUAUUAAAGGAUAUUUGAGAUGUGAUAUGAUUAUUUUUUAUGAAAGUAAAUCAAUUCAUAAUUUAAGCAUACCUAGACCUUUAAAAUCUACUAAUACAAACAUUGAAAUAGAUAAAAGGUUUGUACGUUUAUUAGAUAUAUUGUUAUGAAAUUGAAUAUUUAUAAGAUGUGUAUCUGUAAAAAUUAUAUAAUAAUAAUGAGUAUAUACUUGUGCAAUUAUUAUGGAAAACGUUUGCAGUAAUUUAUUGAUUCCGAGUGGAUUUAAAAUGACUCCAACUCAUCUGGCCAGAUAUUCUCUUAAUUUAUAUAAAAGUGAAAUCAUGCACCACUCAUUUAAUGGAAGCAAUAAUUUAUUGAUUGGUUUUGGUGAAUCACUUGAAGUAUUCAAUUAUUAUACAAUAUUAUACAGUAGGUGUACAAUUAAUUAUAGUUAAAUAUUUUUAUAUUAAAUAGUCGAAUAUUAUGUUGAAAAUAAGAGGACCAGAAAUAAAUUGGAAUACCGAACAUUCAACGAUAAAUUUGUAUCCUCCGCUAUGUCCUACAAUAACAAUUAAAUUCACUUUUUCUGGAAAGAUUAUCGCUAGAAGAACUCUAUCUAUACAUGAUUUUAGCAGAGAAGGUUGCAUAAACACUAGAUUAAUUUUAAAAUGUCAAUAUAAUGAUUGUUAGUAACCCUCUAAUACAUUUUAGACGAUCUUCCGAAUUUUGGUCCAACCUUCUUGCAUUUCAUGUCAUUAGAAACCCAGAAAUAUUUUGGCAGAUUAUUAAUAUCUAUUAAAACGGAAUUACUACAACCAGAAAUUGAAAACAUCAAAAGUUACCAAAUUGAACAUAUAGAAUCAAUUUCUGACAAGGUAAAAGAGUUAAAAAUAAAAGUAGCAUUCGUAUCAUAAUUUUUGAAAUAGUGGCAUUUAUACUUAUUCUGUAUCACAAUAAUUUUUUGUUAUUAUUACCUAUAUUAUCCAUGUUAUUAAAGUAUUAAAAAAAAAAAAUAUUCAAAUAAAAAAAAAUGUUAAUACUUUGUUUGUAUUUUAAUAUUUUGAUUACUUUUAAGAAAAAAAUAUUUGAAUUCAUACCUCUUCUGAAUGUUUUAUAUAUUUUUAUUUUUUAUUCACUAAAUGAAAUAAUUUUCUUCUGAAACCGAUAAUAAUUUUAAAUUUGUUAUCUAAAUCUUAUAUUGUAGAUUUUUACGGUUAAAUAGGGAAUUAUGAACAAAGUAUUUAGUUUUAAUUUUAAUAUAAGUUUAAAAAUCGACCUUUUAACGAAGUAAUAUUUGAUUAGUUAUAUUAAUCAGUAAUCAGUUUAUUUAAUUAUUUAUUGAGUCAUAAAACGUUAAUUUUAAGACUGUUAUUCUAAAACUGAUACAAAUUAGUUGAAACAUAUUUUUAAAAUAUUUAAAUAAAUAAUUUUCUGAAAUUUAUUUUUUAAGUUAUUCGAAACGUACCAUCCUAAACCUCAGAAGGAAAUUACUGUAUUAUUUACUAGACAAUUACUCUAAACUCAAUCUUAAAAUCAAACUACUAAUUUAUAUGUAACUUCUCAUGCCUAUCUGGAUUUAGGACAUCUAGCUAUGGGGUGCGGUCAAAUUGUCAAAUUUAAACAGAUACAAAGAUUCCAAUCGAUCACCUUUCUUAUGUUAACUAAGGCCCCCUUUCUAAGUAUCCAACCAUAUACUUCACACAGACCUAAACGUCAAAACUGUUCCAGAAAUGUCCACAAUUAUAUGUAACCAUUAUCGUUUUCGUCUAGAAAACCACCCUUACCCACAAUUUAAGCACUUGACUCAAACUCAAUAUCAGGUAAUCCCCAAAAGAGACUUAAGAGAAAAUGGUGUAGUGACCUAAACUUUUAAUCUAAAUUUAAAUUAAUAAAAAAAAAAAUAUACAUAAUAUAACAUUUUAAAUCAAUAUGAACUGUAGCUGAUGGGUUACUCAUUUUAUCUAGUAACUUAUGUUAAUAAUUAUUAUAAUGUUCUUAAUGAAAAUUAGUUUACAUAUUGUUAUUUGAAUAUGUAUUCUGAAUAUUUUUUUAAUCAUUUAUUUGAAUAAAUAUUUCAUGUACAAUAUAAAAGUAAUCUUUAAUAAACUGUUUAAUAGAUUUAUUAUUAAAAAUAAAACAAGACAAUGAGUUCACAAACUGAACAUGAUAGGUUACUUCCUAUCUAGCGUUGCCUUGUUAAUCUAUUCUUCAUCACAAAAUCAUGUACUGAAAUGUGUAUGAUCAUAUGCUGUAUUGUACUACUAAUGUAUAAUGAAUAAAUUAUAUAAUUGAAUUUAAAAAUAAAUUCAGGAUUUAUUUAUUGUCGAACAGCUGUUUUGUAAAUAGUAAAUUCCAUUUUUGUUUCAUGUGUUUCAGGAAUUUAUGUACUUUAAAAUAAUUAUAUUUGGCCUAAUAUUCCGUGUGAAUCAAAUUCCGAAAGAGUUGAUAAAAUCAAAAAAAAUGUCAAUAUCAUUAGAUUAUGAAAAAUAUAAUUUUGCUUCGGAAUAUGAAACCAAUUUAGGUGAGUUAUAAAUCUUAUGAUUUUAUUAUUUAUGAUAAUUUUAUUUAAAAAUGUUUUUCGUUGUUUAUUAAAUUUAGGCUAAGUUUAUACAUUUACAUUACAUAAGUUAACCAUGGGAGAAUAUCCUUCCCCCAUGCAAAAAAAAGUAUUCAAAUUUGUCUUAUAAUUAAAUUUUUAUUAGAGAUGGAUGUUCAAAUCUGGGUACCUACCUACUUACCACCUACUGUAAUGUAUUAUAAGUCCUUAGUAAAUAAAUGCCAAAGACUGUGCUGGAGGUAAGAGUUUAUGCAAGUACAAUCAGAUAAGCAUAAAUGCAUAAAAGGAUUAAAAACUAAGAAUAAUAUAGGUACAAUGUGUUAAAUUACACAAUGUGUCAAAAUACUAAGUUAAGUUAAAAGUAGAUAACCUAAUAGUUAUAGAAAUUAUUAAAAAAGCGAUACAUUUAAUUAUUUAAUUUUUAAUUUGUGAACAACUUUUCUACCAAAAUUUUGUAUCGAUUUUCAAGUGUAUACUUUUUCUGAAAGCAAAUUUUAUCUGAGUUGCAACUUAAGGUAAUUUUUGAUUUUCCCAACAGUUUUCAUAAUAGUUUAAAAAACCGUAGAGAAAACGGGAAAGUUUACCUACAUGUUUAAAAGAAAUUUCGCUCUAAAUCGUUUUUUGUUCGCAAUGGUUAAUCGUUGCGUACAGAUUUAAAUUUAAUUUAAAAUGUAGGAUAACCUUCCUAACUUUUUACUUACAACAGUGGCCUACUCAUCACGUCUCUCUUUUUAUUCAAUUUUUUUCUCAUUGUUAGGUUAAGUUUUAAUUUUGUUACAAACAAAAACAUAUUGUUGAAUGUUUAUAGAAAAUUCUAUUAGUCGUGUGUAUCAUACAUCAGAAGUUAUAAUAUUAAAGUUAAAAAAUAAAAAUUGUAAUGAAUAAUGUAUAAUAUUUAAUAUUAUAAAGAGAAAAUAUUUGUUGGUGUAUUUGUAAUGGAUAACCUCAUAAACUACUUAACCGAUUUUAAAACCUCUUUAAACUGUGAAAAGCUACAUGAUCAGCGAGUAACAUGGGCUAUAUUUUCUUUUUAAAAAAAGUUAGAGGUCCUUACGGAAAUAAUGUAACCCAAGAUAUCAAAAAUAACGAUCGAAUAAUGUAUUACAUGUUAAUAAUGAGACUCGGUGGCACCGAAAAUAUAAAAUAUUGUAUUAUUACAAUUAAUAUGAGGAGCAGUAAACAUAAUAUUACAAAUAAUCAAUAACUAAUACAUAUUCCUUGACUGCUGCAGUCGUAGCAUUACUGUGCGAUUGAAUUAGUAAAAGCAGAUAAAUAUUUACGAUAAAUAAUUAUUAGUACGAAAACAUACACACCGUUUUAUUAUUAUUUAACUAUUUUUAGUUAUAUCCGAGGUUAUAUUUUGUAAUAAAAUAAUAAUAUAAUUUUGUAUAAAUUUAGAAGAUAAAAAAUAUUUUGCUAAUCAAACGAAAAACAAUGAUCAUAUUAUAUAAAUAUUGAAAAGACAUACAUUAUGUAUGUACAGACGUACAUACUUCGCAUAUGGGUGGGCCACUGUUAAAGGUGAGAAGUUAGGAAGGUAGGAUCAGAAAAGGAAUUGAAUGUAUAUCUGUACGCAACGAUUGAUUAUUUCUAACAAAAAAUAGUUCUGAGCAGAGUUCAGUUAUAUAUAUUUUGAAAAGAUUUUCGUCAAAAUUUUAUAUUAAAAUUCUUAUAAAAAAAAGAACGGGCAUACGUGCACGUGGGAGCUGCCACUAUUGUAGGUGAGAAUUUGGGAAGAUAGGAUAUAGAUGGGAGUUUAAUGAAUAUCUGUAAGCAACGAUAAACCAUUGCUAACGAAUAAACGAUUCUGAGAGGAGUUCAGUUGAUAAUGUUGCUUUGUCAACAAUAUAUAUAUGUUACGAGCAGUAUAGAAAAUCGGGUGUUUUAUAAAAUAUUCGGGCAAUAUAUAAAAUACCAAUGUAACCGGUCAUUGUAGAAAUUAUCACACUUGGUCCGGGCAUUCUUUACAAAAACCUUAAUCUUGAAAGCAAUAUAAACACGUGCAAUAUUUUGUGUUUUAUGUAAAGAUUUUAACUAUAAACUAGAAAAACAAAAUUAUUAUACAAAUUUAAAUUAUAAUUAUUAAUUAAACAUUUUUAUAAAAAAGAAAGGUUUUACAUAACAUAGAUUACUACCAUGGCAUUUUGAUGUAACUUUUUAAUGUAGUGGCAAUAUAAUUAAGAGCUUUUUCUAAGUCUUCUUCAUUUUUUAAACGGCAAAUUAUAUUAUCCGGUAAAAUUAUACUUUUUAGCUGGCAUACUAAAUAUGGCUUCAUAAGGCGAACAUUUUAUUUACUUGUGCCAUCUAUGGUUCUUUAUAAACGGCACAAACUUUAUUACUUCCUUCCAUUUUUUGGUAUAAUAAAGUAAAAUAUUAUAUUACCUAACUGACUUAUAUAUUAUUCAAAAAUAACUUUAGUUAAUGCAUUAUCUUUAUUACUUUUAUAAUUGAUAUUGAAUCAAAAAUAUGAGAAUUUUCGUCCAAUGAAUUUGAAUCUUUAUUACCUCGAUAGUUCGAUCAGGCAGUUAUAUUGGUAAUUUAGUAUCAUAUUGGUAAUUUUAGUAAACACAAAAUAUUAUGACAAUAAUAUAUUUAAGUUCAUAUUGCCUAAAUAGAUAGGCCAUUCUAUAUAAUGCCCAGGCAUUAUAGACAAUUCUUGAACAAUUUAGAAAUUGCUCAAAAAUGCUGGUACAAUGUAUAUAAUGUCCCAAUAUCUACAUGGACAAUAACAUAUAUAUGUUAUAUUAUGGUGAAAUGAUUAACAACAAUAUGUAUUUUUAUGACAAAAACGAUUGUUUAAAAAAGAAUAUUAAUUCAAUUAAAAUAAUAAAAAUUUAAUAAUUAAAAAGGACGGACAUACUUUACACGUAGGUGCAGCCACUGUUGUAGGUGGGAAUUUGGUAAGAUAGGACACAGACGGAAAUGUAUGUAUAUCUGUGAGCAACGAUAAACCAUUGAUAACGAAAAAAACGAAUCUGAGCGGAGUUCAAUUAAUAGUGUUGCUUUUCAACAAUACAAUAUAUGUUAUACAUCAUAUUAUGGUAAAAUAAUUACAACAAUGUGCGUUUCAAUGACAAUAACGAUUGUAUAAAAAAGGUUAAAAUAAUAAAAACUUAAUAAUAACAAACAAAUAAAUAAAAACGGCUGCCAAUGAUAACCUUGUUUUUAAUCUUUCAAUCUUUUAUCUUUUUUAACCUAAACACCGAGGUUUUCCUAAUUAUCUCCAAUAUUAAUGAUAAUUUCAAAAUUACCUUUCUAAAGUACCACAAGUAGAAUAUUUUCUUUCAGAAAAGAUUCUAUACUUGAUAAUAGAAGUGAGCUUUCUGGUAGAAAAAGUGUUCAAUUAAAAAAAAAACAUUUUUGUAAAACCAAUACAUUCUUCGCUAAACUCAGAAUCUAAAAAAAAAUACUUCAUUAAAUUCAAAUUCUUUUUGUUGGCUUCUAUGUACAAUUUAUAAUGAACUUCCUGUUAAAUUUUCAAGUAUUUCUAUUUGGUCUACCAAUUGUAUUCACGGAGUAACCUACCGAAUGAAAACUACGUAAAAUAAAAAAAUCUAUGAAUACUUCGCAAAUGGAAUAAAUAUUUUGAAAAUUUGACUGCGUCUAAAAAAAUUAAAUACUACACAACGUUGAACCUAACUUGUAUAGCUUUGUGAAAAAUUAAAACAUUUAAAAUUUUAAUUCGAAUAUCACUACAUAAUAUAAUUAAUUACUUAUGUGUUACUUAUAUUAUCUAUCAUUGCACGAAAUGUUAAUGAGUACAAAAAUAAAUAAACGACAUCGAAAAUCAUACUAAGAAAUAUAAAUUAUUUUGGUAAAUUAAUUAAAAUUAACACACAUAAUAAAUAAAUAUAAGUAAAGAAGCUGAUUCUAGGGACGAGUGUUAUUGGUGGGGGUAGUUAGAAAGAUGGGAUACAUAAAGUUAUUUUAUUUAUACUUGUAGUCAACGAUAAACCAUUACUAACGAGAAACGAUUUGGAAAGAAGUUCGAUUAUACAUGUUUUGAAAGGCCGUAUUAUUUACGAUUUUCGUCAAAGUAUGAUUUUAAUACUCUUAUAAAAAAAAAAUAAUAAUAAUACAUUUUAUCCAAUUUAUUCAUCCAAUUUUUUUAACCACCACUAUGUUUGACUUAUAAUAGAUCUCCUAACAUAUUGUCAAGUAUUCACAUACAAAAAAAAAUAAUAAUUAUAAUCAUAUAAAAACACACAUCAUAGUAAAAUCAAUAGGUUUCUCGUUAUGUUCAGAAUCGAAAAAUAAACAUCAUUGUAAAACCAAUAUAUUCCUGUUUAUGUCAAUUGUCAGUUUCGGUUUCUAAUAAUUAUGUACAGAAUUUCUAUGCUAAUUAAAAAUUAAAGUACCUACCUAUUUAUACAUUAAAUAUUAAAUAAUGAGAAAAUUUAAUCAUGAAUCUGUAAAUAAUAUAAUUUGUGAAAAUAAUAUUUUAUAGUUUUUGAAUUUGGUAGAUGGUGUGAGGAGCUAUGACCCCACAAUUUAGGUUUAAUACCUCGUAGAGGUUGAUGAGCACUAAUUAAUAUUUAUUGUCACACAUACAAAAAAUUAUUUCGGCGUCACUGGACUACUGUUUAUUCAUGAGUUACUUUGAUGAUAUGGAUAACAAUAAACUAUUAUUAUUAUUACUAUAUUAUUUACACUCUUCUCUCAGAAAAAUUUGAUCUUUUGGUAAAUCACUACAAGAUAUUGCAUUGCAAUAGCUAAGAAAGGAUUUAUUCAAAAUUUAACCAAAAUUAAAAAACAAUGGUUAACUGUAGUGAUACGGACGGGGGUGAAAACAGGAAGUCAUGAAGAAAGAAAUUUUUGUUGUUUAAUUUCUUUUUUUCUUUAUUACAGAUAAAAAUAUAUAGCUUAUACGUUAAAACCUUUAAUUUUUAUAUAGCUGUUAGAGGAAAUUUCUUUAACUUAGUAAUAAUAAACAUAGUUUUCCAUAGAUGGAAUGGGGGGCUGGUCAAACGUACGUAAUUAAAUAUCUUAGUCUUUUAGUUGCAUUUAUCGCAUACGUAAAAUUGUGAGGUCUUAUAUUCCCUGGCACAAAGGGGUGCCAGAUUACAUACUUUACACUAUACCGGGUAAUAUGAGUAUAUGAGUUGACUAAAUGGGUCAUUUAAAACUAAUAAAAAAUAAUUGAUUCAUGUCUGAAUAUCUAAAUUUGUCAGUAGAGAUAACAUAUAUUCAGAAAUGUUUCGAAACAGUUCCUCUGUAGAAAUAGUCCAUUAAAAAAACUGUAAACACUAAUAUAUAUAUUUUCCAAAUAUUUUAAUAAAGAAUUAUACAAAUAAUUAAUUUUGUUUUUUUGUUACAUUAUCAAAUAAUUGUUUAGAAAGUAUUCACAUACAAACACCGGAAUACAAAGGAAUUAACGUAGAUAAAAAUUAUUAUAAGUUACUAAUCGAAGAAGAUACAAAACCUUGUCUAUUUUUAGUUACACAAUUACCAGGCAUUGAAUAUUACGCUAUGUUUGCUAUGAAUCUAUUAUCUAAAACUAUUUAUAACAUGGUAGCAUACUUUUAUUAAUUACAUUGUGUUGAAUUAAUAAUUAAUUGGUUCACAUAUUAACAGGAAAUAUCUAUUUUUACAACCCUAAAAAUUUUAAACUCCCAAAAAUCCAAUAUUAAUAAAAUAGAAAUUGUCCGUGCAAUGUUAAAUCAACUAUCUUCAUAUCAUCAACGAUUUAAACAUUUAUGUCACGAUAAUAAAAAGAUACAAACAUGCAUCCAUAAGUCAUGCAUCAAUAUUAUGGUAGGUAUCUAUUUGAUUUUUCAAUUAAUUAAUUAAAUUAAAUUAAUAUAAAAUUGUUCACACAGUUGUAUCAAAUUUAUUUAUAUGUAAUGUGAAAUUAUUAUAAAUAUGUUUAUGUUUGCAGAAACUGUUUAAUCAAUUUUGUUUCGAAGAAUUAAAAAGAACUGCAUCUCUCAUUUAUAGUGAAUCUGAAAUUUUAACUUUGAUGAACAAAAUCAGAGAUAUGUUUAAAGAAUUGUCGGUAUUACAUAAAAACAUGGUAAAUAUUUUUGGUUAUAAGUUUAAUUAUAUGUGAGUGUAGUAAUUUUAUGUUAGGAAAUAAUUUAAUAUCAUAAGUUAUGUACUACUAACAGUACUAACACUACAUACUAUUACAUAAGUUGAGACGUCCCUGUUCGGUCAGCCUUAUUUUAAGAACCGUCCCGAGCGCCCAGCUGACUACCUGCCUAGGAGCAAGGUUGUCAACCAAGAACCGAGGUCCGAAGACCAGAGACCUAGGAUUUUUGUUAGGGGAAAAGGGGAAAAUUAUAUUCAUCUAAAUAAAUAAACAAAUUUUUUUUAUGGGGAGAAUAAAGAAUUAUUUUAUUGAAUCAUUAAUCAUGGAAUAAAAGUAAAGUUACGUUGAUAUGACAGAAAAGCCCAUAGACAUAAAAACUGUCAAAUAAGAGAAGGUGAAUAAUAGGUACGAUUUUACAUAGGUGUAUAUAUAUAUACAUAGAAUUAUACACAUAUAUUAAAAACAUAUAUUUUAAAUACAGAUAUUUAUAUAUAGAGAGUAACCGGAGUAACCAUCAAUCAGUCCCAAAACUUGUCGUCCGGACCGAAUAUUGAUGCAAUGGGAGCGUGCAAGCUGGGAUUUAUUACUACUUGUUAA